UUUUUCUUCGUCUUCUCAGUACUUUUCUUUUUCUUCUCAAGAUUCAUUCUUGUUCUUCUCCAAAUUAAUUAAUCCUCUAGUAGUAUCAUAGUUAACAUGUCUUAGCCUAACAUGUCAUGUUUUUGAAGAUUCAAGCAAGAGGAAUUAUUCUCAUUCGUAUUAUUAAUAGAUUUGGGUACAACGGUUAUUACAUUGAGUUUAAAAAGCCCGUCACUCAAGUAUCAUUUUCCUGCAAACAUUUAAUUCUUGGUGAAUACAAAUUUAUCGAAUAUAAAAACUAACUUAAAGCCAUUUUUGCUAAGUAGAGAGCCGGACACCAAAUUCUUGCGAAUGUUAGAGACAAAAAGCCCUUCGUUUAAGAUAAGGUCUUUCCCAGAGGUCAUUUUUAGUUUCACCUUAACACAUCCUUCAACCUUGGAGGUAGAAAAUUUUUUCAUUAUUCAUCAUUCUCUAACUUUUUAUAAGUAGAGAACAUUUAUUUGUUUGAACAAGUACGUCGAGUAACGUCGGUAUCAACCCACCAUUCCUUGUGGGUUACCCACCAAGUUACAUUAAGAGACAACUACUCCAAGGUUUAUUUCGGAGACUUCCAUUGAAAGCUUAUCCGUUUCCGUCACAUUUGCUUGAGCAUUUGACUUCUUGAAGUUUUUUGGCUUACAACAGCUUUUAGAGAGAUGUCUAGGGUUGUCACAAUUAUAGCACUUGCCUUUGAACUUCUUAGAUCUUUGAUUGGACCUCCAUCGGUAUGCUUCCUCUUGUUGUUGUUCCACCUUUCACAAUAUUGACUUUAGAUUUCAUGGAAUUAAAGACUCCAAUUUUCUUCUUAGAUUUGUGGUUAUCUUCCUCAAUCCUUAAACAAACAAUCAAUUCUUCAAGUUUUAUCUCCUUGUGUUUAUGCUUGAGAUAGUACUUGAAAUCCUUCCAAAGUGGUGGUAGUUUUUCCAUGAUUGUAAUUCACAAUCACUUGGAAUGAGUCAAUAAGAGGACAUACCCUCGGCAUGGAUGUCAUUAAGGAUAACUUGAAGUUCUUGAAUUUAAGUUAUGAUGGUCUUUGAAUCCACCAUUUUAUAAUUCAAGAAUUUGUCAACAAUGAAUUUUUUUGUACUAGCAUCCAUGGUUUUAUAUUUCUUGUCCAAAGACUUUCAAAGUUCUUUUGCAGAUUUGACAGCACUGUACACAUUAUAUAGUGCAUUUUUUAGUCUGUUUAAGAUGUAAUUUCUACACAAGAAAUCUGAAUGCUUCUAAGCAUCUACAACAACCGUCUUUUCCUUGUUAGUUUCAUUUGCAUCAAUUAAAGGAACUUCUUCAUUGAGAAACUUUGCAAGGUUCAGGUUGGUGAGAUAGAAAAACAUCUUUUGUUGCCAAUGUUUAAAGUUCAAGCCUUUAAAUUUUUCGGGCUUUUAUCCAUGAGACAUAGUAGAAACAAAAUUUGUUGUAGCUAUUUCUGUUACACAAACUGAAGCAAAUAGUAUUCUGGUUUUAACAAAGUAUUGUAUAACAUAAUACAAAAUUCUGAUUUAGAUAGAACAAUAAUUAAUAUAACUAUAUAACGAAAACAAAUUUGGUUGAAAUCUAUCUUAAGAUUAUUAUCCCACAUAUAAUCAGAAUUGAAUUAGAAUUAUUGUAACAAAUCUAAAUAUAUAAUCACUAAGUAUGCUGUUAUAUGCAAACUAUUUAUGUAAAAAUAGAAUGUAUCAUAAAAAACUGAAAUGACGCACUUACUUGAUUGUAGAAUAGCAAUAAGAAAAUAAUAGAAUUAAAAAAUAAUCCGAGCCCUGUGAAUCAUAGUUUUUUUAAGAUAGAUUUGUUCCCUCUCAGUGCUUAAGAUUGAUAAGCAACUGUCUCUUAAGAUAGAAUAUAUUUUAUUUUUGAAAAAGUAGCACUUCAAUCUUAAAAAUUGUAACGAACACAACUUUGUUUUUUGUACUUGAAUCAAAUAGAAAUGCAAUAGUAUGCAGAAUUUUUUUGUAUGUUUUUUAUAUAUAAAAAUGGUUUCAAGGUAGUUCUUUUAUAGACCCUCUUGUGUCUGUUCAGAUUGGCUGAAGAAGCACGAGACACCACUGUUCAUUAUACCUUUCAGAUUGAAAAAACACAUUGUUAAUCUGAACAGUAACGAAAGGAAAUGUUACAUUGGGAGUGUGAACUAAUCCACAGCAAAAUAGUGUUAAAUUUUAAAUUUCGAUUGGAAGAAUAAGUUCGAUCCAAAUUCAGAUUCUUUUAGUUUGACCCAUAACCAACACAACACCAAAUAAACUUUCAGCAAAAAGAUAAUAUCUUUUGGCGGGCGAGCGGCGCGCAUGUGGUAACCAAAGUUGUGUUGAUGCUCGUUCCGUUUACAAAAGCGUGGUACUGCUUUGGGCCUAUUCUCAAGUCAAUACUAGAAGGUUAAUAUUAGAAAAAAUGUUGUUGCUUUUAAAUAUUCUAUAUGUUAUUCCUACCUUUUCUUAAAGAGCUAUUUGUUCAGAUUGCUAUGCAUUUGGUUUUUUGUUCCAUAUUCGUAUGAAGAUGUAAGUUUAAUUUGGUAUUUUGCUCUAAACUAAAGGUUAUUUGUCAUUUAUGAGGUCUGUUUCAUUUAGUGGAUUUGUUUGAAAGUUGGUUUAAUUAAUUGGUAGAGGGAUCUCUUAUUACCUUAUUUUUUUUCAUUUAAUUAAUUGUUAGGGGCGAUGAAUCAAGGGGGGGUUUCUGCAAUUUUACAGGAUUAAUUAUACAUUUUGGUCUUUUGUUUGUAAAGGAUACUAUCAUUUUUCUUUCUGGUCAACACUAUAAAAUUCUUUAUCUCAUUGAUUUCAUUUUUCAUUGAUUGUUCUCUAAAAACAAUUUGUUUUAGGAUCAACAUGGUAUUAGUACUUCGCAUCUCUUGUUUUUCAGUGUUUCUUGGAGAUCAUUUUAUGAAUGCUCCUAAUGCUGUUGGAUGUUUGGGUGAGCAAAAGAUUGGCAAAUUGGAUGAAACUUUGUAUCACCAUAGGAAAUGAGAAUCAUAGUUUGGAUGGUUAAGGUCAACAAUUUGAUGAAUCUGUUAUAACUUCUAAAAAGUCUAGUGAGUAUAAUUUAGUUGAUGAGAGACUGUGGAAAGACUUCAUUCCAGUGGAUGUGUGGGAUUAAUUGAUUUCAGAAUUACUUAGUGGAUAGGUUCAAAGUUUGUCGCCUGGUUACUUGGGUUUGAGAUUGAAAUCAUGUGAAAUAAGGUUGACUGGAUUAAGAUUUAAGACAGAGAUGAUAUAUAAAUAAUAGAUACCUUAAUUUAUUUUGCAUUCCCUUUCAAUUACAAGAAAAAAAAGAAAAGCAGCUAGUUCUUAUUAAGCAACUUCAUAUUAUACACUUGCUAGCUGAUCUGCAUGUUUUUGUCAGAAGCCUGAAGUGGUGGAUAUGAUAUUGCCACUCAUUGUAGAAAUUCUAGAAGGGGGGUGACACUACAACUCUUGGCUUAUUGCGACUCCAAGUAUGUAUGAACGUAUCCUUCUCAAGCAUGCGUUAAAUGCAUCUACAGGUUUUCUUCUAAGGUUUGGAAGUUCACUUGAAUUUAUCAUUCAAAUGGCUAACACUAAAAUUAAAUCUGUCGCAUGGUGUCCCAAUCUUUCUUUGUGGAGUUGCUGCUUCUUCUUGAUGUGGUUUCCGGCACAUUGAGUUUAGAUUUUGAAUCUGAUUAUGAAGUUGUUGUCUGAUGACACGAAGUUACUUGAUAAAGCUCUCUAGUGUUGGAUGUGCUAAAAGUGAAACCCUGGCACCAGAAGCCAUGGACAGAUCAUUCGGAGAAAGCUUUUUGUUAACAAAUCGGAGUUCGCCUGCCAUUUUCUAUCUAUCUAAGUCGAACGAAGCUGUUAAAGGAGCGUUUGGAAAGAGCACCAAGGAGGAAGAAGAAGAAAAGGGCAACCCCGUGAAACUACACCGAUGUUUGUCCCACGUUAAGGUUUUCAUCUGGUUUGCGAGCAGUCUUAAUGGAACUAAAUUGAGGUCAGACUAUUUUCAUUGGAUGCUAUCUUUGUGCUCAGAUGUAGGGUUGGCUGCAGAGUCUAGAAGUGGAAGUGUUCGAUUAUACAGAGCUUUCAUCACAAAAGAUACCUGGAAAUUUGGAGAGCGGAUUUUCUUUCGCCUCUACUUCCUAAUGAGGCUGAAAUAUGUUCAGAUUUUGAUCCUACUGUCAAGGUUGAACCUUCACUUUUGAAGUUAUUUUGCAACUUGUGGUCCUAUGUUGCUCUCUUUUGGUUAGCACCUCCAAUAUGGAAACUUUGUCCCAGAUAAAGUCAAUUUCCACUACAAUGAAGAUUGUGGGGAGCAUGGAUGCAGUUGCUCUUUAAGCAGUUGAUUUAGUUCUGUGAAACUUGAAGAUGAGUUGGAACUUAAUGCUCUUGAUAACCCUAGCAGCCGUGGCAAUGAUUAAGCUGUUGUAAGCCAAAGACUUACUCUUUCUACUGCUUUAGCCUUUAGGUGGGCAACUUGACGUUGCCACA